AUGGAGAUUGAAGACAUAAGACUCAAUUAUGUUUUCAAGAAUAAGACUGACCUAAAACAUACACUUGCGAAAAUAGCCAUCAAGAAACACUUUCAGUACAGAAUUCAAAAAUCAUGUUCAGAAGCAUUUUGGGCAAAAUGCAUAGAUGAGAAUUGUGGCUGGUAUGUACGUGCAAGAAGCUCAAAAGUAUCAGACUACUUUCGAGUUAUCAAAUACCAUAAACACCACACAUGCUCCUUAAAUCACAGAAAUUUUGAAAAUAGACAAGCAAGUGCAAAAGUCAUCAGUAGUUACUUCAAAGAGAAGUUUCGUGACCCAAGAUCAACCUAUCGACCAAGGAAAAUAAUAAGAGACAUGAGAGAUGAACAUGGGGUAGGUGUAACAUACAAUAAAGCCUGGAGAGCAAAAACACUUGCAGCUGAUGAUGUUAGAGGGUCAAAUGAGGAAAGUUAUGUAUUGUUGCCUUCAUAUUUGUAUAUGCUACAGUUGGCCAACCCAGGAACUAUCACAAGAGUAUGUAAAGAUGAAGAAAACAGGUUUAAAUACAUGUUUAUUGCUUUUGGGGCUUCAUUAGAUGGAUGGAAGCAAUGUAGACCAGUUAUAGUGGUAGAUGGAACAUUUUUAAAGACGAAAUGUGGAGGCACACUGUAUGCAGCUUGUGUUAAAGAUGGAAACAAUCAAAUUUUUCCGCUCGCCUUUGGAAUUGGGGAUUUAGAAAAUGACAAUGCAUGGAUAUGUUCUUUACAAGACUAA